AUGAUGGGUGGGAAAAGUCCACUCACGCCGGAGGACCUGAAAGAUGCACUUUUCCAGGAAGCACUGGCGGCCACCUUGAAGGAGCUUGGAGACAAGUCCGGCGGAUGCGCCAGCUAUUCUAUGGAGGAAUUUCUGAGUGGCACAAAACAGGUUGUCGCCGGCGCCUUCUACGAGUGGACUAUGAGGGUUAAGCAGACUCCCCUUGCCAACAAUGCAAAGUGCUUGGAGUGGUGUAGUGUGGCCUGUGAGGAGAAGCCAACGUACUCCGUUUCAGUCUGGAUGAAACCGUAUCGAAACGACCCCAAGAAGGCGGUUGUCACGUUGGAGCAGGUUUAA